CGAAAACGGUUUAACGCAGACAAAGAAGGCAAAAAAGAAAACGUUCAGAUCUAACCCGAUCAAGCAAAGAGAGCAAAGAGCGAGUAAGAGAGAGGAGAGCAAAGUGAAGCAAACAAAUUUUUUAUACUCGCUUUCCAACUUUCAUUGGCAUCAACAUUUUCUAUAUCAUUGGAAUUCCUACAAUCUGAUUCGAUGGAGCACUUUCAGGGGAAAGAACAUGCUUUUUGACUAAUCGCGAAUCGCCCGCCGUUUACGCUUUCUUGGGGGGGCAAAGCAAACCCCGAACACUCAGGCUUCGGGAUUUGAAUCGUUGGUUAUGGAUGAUUAAGCCCCAGUACUACACCCCAGUACUCGACGCUGUACUGCGUAUAUCAGACCACCUCUUCGGGUAUCGAAAUAAACACUAUUCCAUACUUUCUAAGGGAUCCCCGUUGUCGUUUGCUUCUCACUUACGCCCCCUAGUAAUGAUGCGCGACCCGAGUGUCUACUAGUCAGUCAAUGACGGGAGCUCGCAGUGAAAGUUUUGAAGUCCCCUGUGUAUCGAUCGAUGACUGAACUGGACCAGACGGUUCGUUUCUAGACCUCUGCUAUAUUAUAUCUUCCAUUGCUCCAAGAAAUCGCCAUGGUUCUGGAGACUUUCCAAAAAUUCCAUGACAACGGAACCACCACAGUUACACAGUCCAAAGUCUCAAGGCCCAGCGUGGUGCGAAAGAAAUUUGCGAAACCACCAGUCAAAGUAGCAUGCCUAGCCUGUAAAAGAGGCGGCCCAAGGAAGAAGAAAAGGGCAUCCAUCUCCGCCGAAGGGAUUGUUCCGCAGGGUGAUGCUCACAGCUCGACCGUUACCCCGGCGGCGCCCGGCUUCGAUGAACCGACGGGGAUGUUUGGCCAGAUCGAUGGGCUCUCAGUACCAGGGGCCGGGCUGAGAAGCUUGGAUUUCCCAGCAGAUGUUCACUCGAUGUUUGCCGACCUCUUUAUCCCCAAUGAUGCUGGUCAUCCACCACCCCAAAUGGAGCCAACGCCCUCGCCGUCCAACAUACCGACUCAGUCCUUGGUAAGGACGUACGGCAGUGAGCACGACAUACUCAACGCCUACUACGACUUGAUUCAUCAUUAUUUUCCUAUUCUUCCACCCAGGGUGGUUCCAGCCUCUCCAGACCGGCCGUUAGAUACGGUGGGUUCCUAUACGGAUUCUCCGACAGAAGAACCAAUUCUAUUAUACCGGCCACGGUCUCCACUUAGCCUUGCUUUGUCUGCAGUCUUAGCCCUCGUGCCACAUCCAAGUGACUUAGAACCUUCGUCCUCUGCCUCUGUUGUACGACGGAGAACAUAUGCGCAUACAUUCGCCCAGAUGGCGAACACUAGCAUAGAGGCAGACUGUGAGCUCCAUGCCUCCUCGACCGAUCCUUCACAGGCCCUGUCAAGCGAACGGCCUCUUAUAGACCGGGAGAGCUUCCACCCCCACUCGCCCGUGGAACUCGAAUGUGUUCUCGCGUUGUUGGUUCUCUCCGUCUAUGAAUACACUCAACGAGGAAAUCUGCUCAAAAUGCGAUAUCGUGCGGGCCAAGCAUUAGCGAUAGCCCUGGAUAUGUCUCUGCAUUCUUUGGGAGAAGAGUACGAUGAAUUCGCUGAGGCUCGAAGAAGGGCUUGGUGGAUGACGUAUUACUGUGUUCUUCAAGGGUCAAUCGUCAGCACAACGCCUUUGGCUAUUGUAGCGAACGAUCCUCAGUUUGUAACACCUUAUCCGCGCUUUGCUGCUGAUCCGGAUGGUUGGGCUGUUCUGAUGCAAGCCCAGCAAGUGCUAGUCUCGGCGACUCAGUUCGUAAUUGAUCUGAACAAAUGUAUUUCGACGAGGACCAAUAUGCCCUACAUAUAUGAGCGGAUGCAGCAGCUCGAUACAUGGGCAAGCUCGGCGUUGGCUCAGUCUAAUUUAUUACCUAUCGUUCCCCCUUCCAUGAACUGCGGAGAUGGUAUGGAAUUCACAACAGCCCAAAGUAUACGUUCAAUCUCGCGGAUCAAAUUGUCUAGCGCACAAAUCAAAAUUCACCGCUUUAGAGCAUUCUCAGACAUACCUAUCUUCAUUAAGAAACAUUGUGACCUAACUGCAGCCAAUGCCAACAAUUUGGCUGCAUCUAGCUCCUCCAAGAAUUCGAGAACGCAGAAUGGAAUCUCUAAUAUUCAAUGCUCCUGCGGAAGUCUGGAACCGUUUCAGCAGUCAUCGAGCGAGUUCACCCCUUCAUCUGCUUCUUCCACGUCUUCGGACUAUCAGUCGAUGUCCCAGUUUUCGUUUACUAGCGGAUUUCCCUUCAGUAUUCAGCACUCCGCCAAGGUCUGCCUUAGGGCUGCUCUUUUAAUCUCACGCAUGUUCCCCAGUCUACCCUUACCACAGCCGAUUAUGGACGGGUGCAAGAGCCAACAGGGAAUGACAUUACAACCACCGAAUCAGCUGCCUCGAACUAUGCCAUCAUUUGCCUGCUGUCUGAUGCAAGGCAGCUACGCCAUGCUGAUGAUAUUCUACAAAGCUCGCGUGGAAAAGCAAUUGUCAUCAGACUAUGAGAACAAGUCUACUCCCUCGGAUCGAUUAAUAGAGGAACUCAGACAAGGGCUAGAGCGAAUCAUUGCCACAGUAACAAAUUAUGCCACUGCUUUUGAGGCGUUAGAUGGAAUGAGAGACGAGAUCGAAGGUGCAUAUCAAACGGCGUUCCCUCAACCAUAAAUUUCCUUCUCGACUUCUUUACCACUUUUUUCUCUCUUCUUUGUUCCUUUCUUCUCUAAUAACCCUGGAAUUCGUUCUCGUGCUAAUUCUCACCUUUCGAUUUAUCUUUCUUUGGCUUCACCUCGGUAGGGCGCUAUAUAUAUCACUCACAGGGUUUGAUAUCUGGUCCAUCGGUUUAUUGGGAUGGGUGGAUAAACUGGGCAUAUGGAGGUCUUAAAAUAAGAAAAAGCUAACUUAUCGUUCACUCAUCCACGGCGUUCUAUAUCUUUUGGCUACGAAAUAUGGGAUUUGCCUGCACCGAUUCUCUAAUGACGAUAAUUACGAUUCACUAUGUCCUUUCAGUUAUCUUUACCACCUAGAAUACUACUUUCAUGUAAUAAUCAACAGAAUACUGGUCUGUAAGGAAACAGAGAAAGAGUUCAAUGCUCGUGUUUAUUAUGUCCUAUAUCGUAACUAAUAUCUGUGCAACCAACAGAAGCAAGAGAAGUCUAUUUAACACCCGCUAGAAUAUCGUAAUAAUUUUUUACCAGCCCAUCAUCCGGAGUGUACAAAGUGUGAGGGAAGGAAAGCAAAGAGGCCUAGAUGUACAGCAGUACAGCUAGAUAGGUCAGGACUAGGACUUAGAAGAUG